GAGCAGGAUGUCUGAAAGCACUCACAACUUAGUGUGAGGGCGCAGAGUCUUCACAGCCCUCAGUGCGAAGCUUCUACGUGGUUCAUCCAGCAAAAAAAAAUCGCUUGCCUUUCACUGGACCAGCAUAUUCAAAAUAUAAAAGCGCGAGCAACGAUUAUAUGUGACUUUACGCAGCAGUGCGUCAGGAGACAUGGAGACAUGGAGAUCUGCUCAUGAGCUGCAACGUUAGACAUGGGGUAGUUCUUUCCUCCCCUCCCCCCAAAAAAGCGCGUCAGAAAGAUGGUUGCGGAUGUACCAAAUGAACCUGAUGUUUGGGUGAAGAAGACGCACUGGUUUGGAUAAGAAAAGUUGUCCAUGUCGAUGAGGUUUCAGGAUGAAGAACCUGAGCGAGCUGAAUAUCACCGCGCCGCACAUCACGGUGCGCAACUUCCCGGCGCUUAUAUUCGGCAUUUUUCUCAUCGUAGUCAUCAUUUGCGGCAAUGUCCUGGUCUGUCUUAGUGUUUACAGGGAAAAAGCUUUAAAGACCACGACCAAUUACUUUAUCGUAAGCCUGGCUGCGGCUGAUCUUCUGCUGGCUGUCUUAGUGUUGCCGCUGUUCGUGUACGCCGAGUUUCAGGGUGGUGUCUGGUCCUUGAACACGGUCAUCUGUGAUGGGUUGAUGGCUAUGGAUGUGAUGCUUUGCACAGCCUCUAUAUUCAACCUAUGUGCAAUCAGCGUUGACAGGUUCAUCGCAGUGUCUGUCCCACUGAACUAUAACCGAAGGCAUGUGGACCAUCGGCAAAUCGUUUUACUUUCGGGCACUUGGCUCCUUGCCUUAGCUGUGGCCUCCCCCAUAAUUUUUGGCAUAAACAAUGUCCCAAACCGUGACCCAACAGUGUGCAAGUUGGAGGAUGACAACUAUGUAGUGUACUCUUCUGUCUGCUCUUUUUUCAUCCCGUGCCCCAUUAUGCUCCUGCUGUACUGUGGGAUGUUCUAUGGCCUCCGUCGCUGGGAGGAGGCCCGGAAGGCCAAGCUGAGGAAGAGUAUCCAGGCCUGCUGUAAGCUUCAGCAUGCCGCUGCUGCUGCCGCUCUUCCGCCGCUGGCAGCCUUGCCAACCCCUAUGCCUGCGUUGCCUCGCGUCAUCCAGCAAGACUUGGCUCAGUGUAACGUGGAUGAGCUUGAUGACGACAUGCGGCCAAGCUGCCCCUUACCACCAGAGUACAGCACCAUUCAUACUGUUGCCUACGCUGAGUUUCAAAGCACAGCCCAAAGAAAGAAGAGGGCCAAGAUCAAUGGCAGAGAGCGGAAAGCCAUGAAGGUCCUACCUGUCGUUGUGGGUGCCUUCCUUUUCUGUUGGACUCCAUUCUUCGUGGUCCAUACCACACGGGCCCUGUGUGAGACAUGUGAAAUCUCACACUACCUAAUGAGCACAGUGACAUGGCUGGGAUAUGUGAACAGUGCGCUCAACCCCAUCAUCUAUACCGUCUUCAACACUGAGUUCCGCAGGUUUUUCCAAAAGUUUCUACAAAGCACCUGCUGUUACUCGGCUAGCAGAAUGGAUGAGACUAUAAUGAUGCCAUGAACUAUUGUAAAGAACGUGCAUACUGUAAAAGAUUUUAAAAAAACAAAAAACACACAUUUGUAUGCACGUUUAUAAAGCGGUGCCAAUUAUCAUGUACACACGACUAUGAAGCUAUACACACUGGUCAUUUUAUCAGGACCUACAACAAAUUCCAAUAAUAACCAAUUAUAUUGUAUCUGAUGGUAUGCAGAAUUAGUCAGCUGACCUUUACUCUGCCUAUAAAUAUUAUUCUCAGUGCUGCAGUGGUGAUGGUCAUGUGGUGGUUCUUCACUGAUGCAACAAAGUAUAAAAAGGGAGCUGACAACUAUUCAAAUAUACAGAAGGUUUCUAUGAUAAAAUCGAUAAAGACGGUAAGAACUAAAAAACAGA